AUUCGCGCAACCACACCGUCGUACAGAGCACGUCUCGUCUCUUACCAAAAACUGUCGAUAUUCGAAAAGUUUCCUAACUUUUUUUGAGUGCGGACCAUUGAUGUUUGAGUGAACUUUUCUCAGCCGUUAUCGAUAAAAGUGAUGUGCCAGUGAUAGUCGUGUUGAGUGUUAGUGAAGUGCAUCGGUGAUUUUUUUGCAAUCAUAAUUUACCGUUUCAAUUGAACGUUACUGUUUUGUUCAAUAAAAAACCGAGAAUCUCUCGCGGUGGAGCGAGGGCCGUGUGUUUGUCUCUUGUGGUGUGGUGAAAGUAGACCUUUGUGAAGUUCAUAAGGACAGCCGCUUGCAACUGGCACGAGACGACUCGUUUCGCUGCACUUAGCGAGAGGAAGGUCGUGUAGGGGCCACUGGUUGCUAUGGCAACCGGAUCUGAAACAAACCCCUGAAAGCGGUAGGCGUGGCGGAUGUCGGGCGGCGGGGGCGGGGGCGGCGCGGGCCUCAUGUCGUGUGUACGCGAAGGCUCGCUCGAGCCGCCCUACAGACCGCCGCACACCGACACACACCACCAUGGCGAAGGCCGCACUGGGAGGUUCUUACGCGGCCUCCGGCGCAUGUUCAAGCGGCGCGGAAGUGGAACUCGCACGGAUGCCUCACCCGACCCCAAGAGUAGCUCCACCAGCGAGCUGCUAGAUGCUGAGAGACAUGCUAGGAGAAAAGAGGGAGUGUAUAGCAGCGGUCUGUCGGUGUCACAUGACUCGGUGUUCACCGGCGAGCGAUCCGGUGAUGAGUCCAGUGAUGAACGACCCACGCCCGCUCAUCAUUUAGCACAUUUAGCCACAUCGCAUCGGGCGGAGCUGGUGGCGGCUGUGAGGCGGCGCGGGCGCGGCGACGGCAGCGACGAUGACGAAGACCUCGGGCUGCCACGCAGUCCCCCGGCCUCGCCGCCCACUGAUAAGGCUGAUAAGCGGCACCAUGCUGGUAUCUCGCAGUCCUCGUGCAGCGAUGGCUCCCUGCUCAGCGUCGGCUCCUCGGAGAUGGACGAGGACAGCAGCAGUGGUCAUCACCACUCGCACGACCACUCCGCGAGGAGUGACCAGUCAGAUCUAUACAAUACAUCAGAACCACCGACGGGAGUGGCGCCACUGUCGCAUUCAGCCGCCAAACACAAAAUGGCGGUGCGUCCCAGACGCACACAUGGCGCCCCGCGGCGGAAGAAAAACAACCCUAUUGCCGCUUCAGCCUUGCCGAUAACGCCCGAACUGAACGAAGAAAUGAUACGAAGCACUACUCCUGAAGUGUCACACAAGACCUCAGAAGUUGUUACUGAAUCAUUCUCUUCAUCGACUACUACGAAGCAUAUGAUCGUCAAAGAACAACACCAGCUAGUGAAUCGAGAGCUGCAAAGAGUUUUAGAGAUGCCGAGCGACACAAAACUGAAGUCUUCGUCGCUACCCCCUGGGUUAGCGCUCAGCCAGCUCAUGGGACAGUCGCCGGCGAAACUAAGCAUAGCAGAGUCAGAUACGCCACGAUCUUCGAUAAAGAGAAGCAAAUCUAGUUCUCAAGGCCAGUCUUUAAGAGAUGGUUCGCCCAAAACUCAAGUGAGUUCAGAAAUGAACGCUUACCACUCGGAGGAACGAAUGACAAAGUAUCGUACAGAUAAAAAAUACGCCGAAGAAUCUUGCCUCGAAAAGAAAUCUAAGUCAGAAAAGAAAAUUGAGAAUGAAGUUAUAAAGUCUUCAAAAAAGGAGGAAUCAUUUUUCAGUCGCCUACUCUUGAGGAAGAGUGGUAAAAAGUCUAAGAAAGACCAGGCGGAUGGAGAAAUGCAACAAGAUAUUAAAAAACCUAAAACCGAAAAACCUACAGCACAAUACAAAAGCGUUGAUACAGAGAAAAGUGGUUCCGUACAUCCAGAUGGACAAGGGUAUAAACCGGUGCCCGCUGAAAGAACGCAUAAAUCUGCAGGACAGAAAGCUUUCGCGAACCAGAUGCACAAAAGAUUUGAUAACAAAGGUGGAUACGUACAAGAUAGUGCAUAUAAGGAUGUAUAUAGUGCAGCCAAAGUAUCCGGUGUGGAAUAUAAUAUAACUGAUCUCAAAAUUGCCGAAGAAACUGACAAAAUGUUGAAUUUAGAAAUGAAAAGUCGAUUUAGUAGACGCGAUGAGUUUAGCGAAAAGAUUGAUAGGGCAAAACGGUCAUCUUCUAAAGAAGCUAUUGAGGAUAAAAAAGAUCCGUUUAUUUUACACCAUGAUAAAGCUAAAAGGCCAACUUCUAUUCAUAGAGCUCUAGAUCCAUUCUCGUCAAAGGCAUUUAUUAGUAACGAAGUUUCUAAUAGAGUACAAGAAGAAGCAUUGUCACCAACACUAGUCACUUCAGAUCAGGAGCCUCCAAGUAGAGCGAUGCGAGUGAAAAGUGUGCACAAUGAUUUCGCAUUUCAUAGUGGUAGUAUGCCUAAGAGUAUUCCUUACUUUAAUCCUGGCAUACCAAUGUCCGCUUCGCCACCUAAGACUAUCCGACAUUCAAGUUCAGAGAAUGUUAAACAUCGUUCUUCGGAACAUAUUUCAGAAUUAAAUGAGAAAGCAGUAGAAAGCAAACGCGAAACAAUGCAUCAUAUCAACAAAACGGAAGAGGCGUACACAAGAUCCGAGAUGCGUUCUCUAGGGGACGAGUACGUAGAAUCUAGAAACAGUAUUGGCAAGUCUCAUAGUUUUCGAUAUGCGUCAGAGACUACAUCGAUAAGUUCACAAGAAAACCAAAUGCCAAGUCUACCAGCAAUAGUGGGUAUAUCGGAGCCUCUUCUGGAAAGCUGGGAAGUAAACUAUAGAAGAAACGUCAGUGAAAGACAUGAUUUCUCAAAGAAGGCAUCAGUUAGAAACUAUAGUAUACUACAUACUAAUGCUGAAGCAAAUUAUGACAGCCUACCAAGCACCGACAGUAGUUACUUAGACAGUCUGAAAACUGAUAUCAAUGAAGACAGAAAAUUGUUCACCAAUAGUAUUCAUAUUACGAUGGAUAGCCAUAAGAGAGACAAUGAUAUAUCUCAGAUAGAGGCUAAAAUCGAUGAUAUUAUAAGUUCUCCUAAGCCUAUUAUAACCCCAAUACUCAAGUCUAGUUCGUUAGAUAGUGUUAAGAGUAGUCCAGAAAAACCUAUAGAUGAUAGAAGGAAGACUAUAUCUGUUGAAAGCGCUUUAAGUCAUACUAGCAAGAUCAGUAAUAAUAUUCUAAGAGACAAUAAACAAGAUCCAGAAACUUUUAUUUCAGUCACACAGAUUAAUAACGAACAAGUUGUAGUAUCGAAUAAAGCAGAAGCUACAAAAGUAAAUAAGAGCGAUGAGAAAAUUCAGAAAAGUGGCGUAAAAUCUAGAGUCCCUGAAUUUUUAAAUAUACAAUUGAAUAAAGUUGAUACAAAACCUACCACUAAUAUUGUAUUAACUGCAAAUGUAACGCCAAAGAAACAUGAUAGUCCGCAACAAACUUAUAAAGAAUUAGACGUAGAAUGCUUUCAAGUAACGGAAACUAAACCAAUGGUAACUGCACUAUCUGGGAAAAAGGAGUGUAUUAAUAAUAUUAAUAAUGAAAAGGUGGCGGAUGUUACUGAAGAAAAAGUGUCUCCUGUUAUUACAAGAAGGCCUGCACAAUCAGUAACGCCACAAAGCCCUUCUACACCAAAAUCUUUUUAUAAAAGAAAAUCAACAAGUGUUGAUCUACAAGACAAGCCAGAGAAGCCGAGAACAAAUUCCAUGAGUACAGAUGAUAGUGCGGAGAAGAAUUAUGACAACAUAUCUAUCGACCAAAAAUCGCAUUCCAGUUUUGGCAGUAAAAGUUCUAUACAGAGUAUAGAUAGCAAUGAUGUCAGAACACCAGAUAGGCAUGAAGAAGCGGUUGUUUAUCGCAAGAAACCUGUGAUCAUAUCAAAGGAACUUCGUGGUGACAAGAAAAAUGAUGACGAACCGGAAUUAAUGAAAGUGUUUGCACGCAGAUCUUUAAAACUGAAAGACACUGAAGCGGACAGUUUAGCUCAGGAAAUCGCGGAAGCACAAAAUCUAAAGAACGAAACCAGUGAUAAUUCCUCAGUCACUAAAAGUAAAAUACUCAAGAAUGAAUUUAAUGCAUCAAUUAAAUCUAGAGACAGUGAUAAAGAAAACGAAGAUGCGAGUGGAAAAGAUCAAGCCGAGGAGAAGAGAUUGGUCGAUAUCGCCGCUCGUGUUAGUCAGUUUGGUGUUCCUCAUUAUCAGAGGAGUAUAAGUGUGAACACUGUAUCCAAUGCUAAACGAGAAAGCGCUCCUGUAUAUAGAAGUGAGGUAAAUAAGUAUAAAAAAGAGGUAUCGGAUUCCACACCGGAGAAAAGACUUAGAAACAGAACGUUUCCUGAUCCAUCAACGGACAGGGAUGAUAUUAAAAAUAUUGCUAAAAGUGAAGCGAUGGCGUAUAAAGCAGAUACACUUACAAAAAGACCAUGGCAAAGGAAAGACGAUGAGAAAUUCAGACAAUUGUCAGUUGAGAAUGAGAAGAGGGAGAGUGCUGUGAUAGAAAAGGAUGGAGAUACGGAGAAAGAUGAAAACGCGAAAGAGAAAGAUGGUGCUGGUGGAGAAGCGGACGCGUCUCCACAAUUCAAAGGUAUACUGCAAAUGCGCGCCGAGUGGGAGAGGCGAGCGAAACAAGGGAUGACCAAAUAAAUAAUGGUGCUAAGAAUUUCGGAUGUACCAUCGUGUAUACAAGUUCGUUUAAGUGAUAGUUUAGUUUAGACACCCUGCGUGAUUCGCAAAUAUUAUUAUUAUUAUAACUAAUAUAGACCUUUAUCUGAUGUUGUUAAGACAAUGUAUUUUUGAGUGUUAUUGCAAUGAAAUUAAUAGUUCAUAGUUAUAUUUUAUGAAAGAAUAAUAUUGUAUUUAACAUAAA